GACGGGAGCAUGGGGUGGGCAGUAUCCUGGCUGGACCAGAUGACGGCAAACGCCGUGCAGCCGAGCCUCGCGGUCUACCAGGAGGUGCUCGACGGCUACAUCAACGCGGGCUCGAAGCGGGCCGUCUCCUGGCUGGGCCGCAUGAGGGCGGACGGCGUCUGGACCGGCGAGUCGUACGACGGCCCGCUCUGCGGCCUCCUGAGGGGGGGCAGCCUGAAGUGGGGCGACGCGUGGUUGAGAGGGCUCCUCGCGGAGAGGGUGCAGCUGAGCGCGGCUUCCUUCGACAGCAUCGUCGACGCCUGCCUCCAGGGCAAGAGGGGGGACAUGGCAGGCCAGUGGGUCAAGAGGCGCCGCGCAUGA